AUGUCGUCCGAUAACAAGCCAGAUGAGCCAGUGGCACCCGCCGGCAGCAAGCAGGAGGAUCGCUAUGCCACCAAGUUUGCGUUUGUCAACGACCAGAGCCCGCAGGACUCGCGCAGCCAUGCCAUGCGGGAAUACUGGAGGCAGCGCCGGCGGACAAAAAGCGAUGUCGCGGGCUCGUCCAGCUCAUCCUCUUCCGUGACGACCCCGCAGACUGUUCGCCCUUUGACGCUGCGGCCCGGUCUCAGCAGCGCCUCGAGCAGCACCGGCACCAUGACGCGUGCCAGCAGCAGGAAAUCAAACUCGUCCAGAUCACCGAAAAAGGCCCCGGAACCACUCAAACAGGCGGGGAUUCCGGCACAGAUGCUGUCCGGGAUGAACCUCGCCAUCGGAAACUGUCGCCUGGACCCCUUUGAUCAGUUCCCCGUUAAGCUCACCGCGCAGCAUCAUAAGCUCAUCCUGCAUUGGCUGACCAUGUACGCGAACAUGACUUUCGGCGACAGUUCCAAAGCAAGGUUCAACCCGCUGCGGGAUGUCUUUUUCCCACUGGAUCUCUCCAAUGCCGCGGCUUUUAAUGCCGUCAUGGCGCAGUCCGCGGCGCACCUAGCACGCAUGCAGGGGCGCAUGCGAUCAACCGAGGCCCUACAGUUCAAGGCGGAAGCUAUCCGCAUCUUGUCCGAGUGGAUGGCCGACGAGAAAAAGGCCUUGAGCGACGACGUCCUAGCUGCUAUAUCCAGAAUCCUGGCUUAUGAGAGAUACUGGGGCACCGAGGCCGAAUGGCUUGUUCACAGAGCUGGUUUACAGCGACUCAUUGACCAGCGUGGCGGUGUCAAAGCCCUCCAAAACAACUGGAGGCUCGAAUUGACCAUUUACUUAAUCAGCCUUAUGUCAAAGCCGUCCUGGUUUGACAGCUCCAAUCAGCUCUGGGAGAUAUCCGACUCGUCCAUGUCGACCGGCCCCCAUCCUUUCCUUGGCAGCGAGGACGCCCUCCCUCGCAUUCGAUCCCUCUGGCUCAUCUCCUUCAUCCAGGACACGCGCACGCUGAUGAACAAUUGGCUUGAACUCUAUAUCAGCGGCAUCACCAAAUACACUGCGUUGCAGCAAGCCGUGGCCACACUGCAUGCUGCUGUGCCUGCCUAUUCAGAUUUGACCGAAGGUCAACGGUUUGACAAGCAAGAUUAUACCCGACUUGCAUGCAUUCUGUUCAUUGUCAUCAUGAUCCAAUCUUCUACGAGCAUUCUGACGCAAGAAGCAUCGGGCAGCCAGUUCCCGCAAGCCACAGUAUCGCUGGAUCGAAUUGCAGAGCUAGAUGCCUUCCUUCUCGCGCGGGAGCCACAAUGGACCGUGUCCAUUGACGAGCUCUACAACACUCUAUAUCAUGAUUUCUCAUCGACAACUGAAAAUGCUCAUAUUACCGGAUACACAUUGCACAUGGCAACGGUCAUGAGCUACAUGUCCCCAGAGACCAGGAGGGGGGUUGAGAAAACGCUCUUGCAUAUUCUCCCGCACAUACCAGCACAAGGGUGGCAGGAUGACAAUGAGUGGACACCUGACGCACUACUUUCGUCCAUUUACGGAGAUUAA